AUGCCGGGCGUGGGGGCGAUCGGAGCGCGGUGCAGGCACCGGCCGCGCAGGAGCCCCAGGAAGAGCCCCAAGGCGGAGCCGGGCCCGGCCGGGGCCGCCAUGGACGCGGCGAUUUGGAUCUAUCAGUUCCGGCUGAUCGUGCUGGGCGACUCCACCGUGGGCAAGUCCUGCCUCCUGCACCGCUUCACCGAGGGCCGCUUCCCGGGGCCGCUGCACUCCGACCCCACCGUGGGGGUGGACUUCUUCUCGCGGCUCGUGGAGAUCGAGCCCGGCAAGAGGGUCAAGCUGCAGCUGUGGGACACGGCCGGGCAGGAGCGCUUCAGAUCAAUAACACGAUCUUAUUAUCGCAAUUCUGUGGGUGGCUUACUAGUGUUUGACAUCACAAAUCGGCGAUCUUUUGAACACGUGAAAGACUGGCUAGAAGAAGCAAAAAUGCAUGUACAGCCCUUUCAGAUCGUGUUUCUGUUAGUAGGACAUAAAUGCGACUUAGUAUCACAGCGGGAGGUUACCAGAGAAGAAGCUGAAAAACUGUCAUCUGACUGUGGUAUGAAAUACAUAGAAACUUCAGCAAAAGAUGCCACAAAUGUUGAAGAGUCCUUCACAAUUCUUACCCGAGACAUCUAUGAACUUGUAAAAAAAGGAGAAAUCACAAUCCAGGAUGGCUGGGAAGGUGUUAAGAGCGGCUUUGUUCCAAAUGUUGUACAUUCAUCAGAGGAAGCGGUAAAGCCCAGAAGACAGUGCAUCUGUUAAGUUUGUAGCACGCCAAAGAGCACAUCAGGUGUUCAGAAAACGAUGCCAAUCUAAUUAACAGCAAAAUAAUUUUGAAACAAUAUUAGAUCAUGAUGUAGCUGAAUCAUAGAAUAGUAAUUUGUUUUCUGUCUCCUUAUGUCUAAUUCACAACUUCAUCAAAAUUUAAGUCCUUUUUUUUACAGAGUACAGUAACUUUGUGUGGCAUUCAAGAAAAGAAAUUAUGUAUCGCUGAAGAAAGUAAUCCUAUAGCAAGAUACUGAGAAAGCGCAAUAAUCUU